CUGACUGACUGCUGCUUUUUUGGGAGCUGCGGUUUCGGCGCGCGCAUGUCUCGCUCUUUCGUUUGUUGCAUUUUAUUCAUAAGUUUGCAAUAAAUAAUGGCCUCGACUAUGAAUUCGAAGCAGACUGAACUAAACGGCGAGUUACAAUCGUGUCCGUGCAAAAAAUAUAAAAUGGGAAAUAAUAAAGUGACUGUUGUCUUGGGUGCUCAGUGGGGCGAUGAAGGCAAAGGAAAACUUGUGGAUUUACUUGCCCAGGAUUCUGAUAUCGUUUGCCGCUGCCAGGGUGGCAACAAUGCUGGUCACACAGUGGUGGUCGACGGGAAAGAGUUCGACUUCCACCUGUUGCCGAGCGGCAUCAUCAACUCGAAAUGCACGUCAGUCAUUGGCAACGGCGUGGUUAUCCACCUGCCAGGACUAUUCGAGGAGCUUAAAAAAAAUGAGGACAAAGGCAUGAAAGACUGGCAGAAUCGGCUCAUCAUCUCCGACCGGGCGCAUUUGGUGCUUGACAUACACCAACAGGUCGACGGCCUGCAGGAGGCGGAAAAGGGGAAGAACUCCCUAGGGACCACGAAGAAGGGCAUCGGCCCGACCUACUCCUCCAAGGCCAGCCGGAACGGCAUCAGGAUCGGGGAUCUGCUUGGCGACUUCCAGUUGUUUGAAGAGAAAUUCAGAACGCUAGCGGAAAGCUACAAGCGGAUGUUCCCGUCCCUGGUGGUGGACGUUGAGAGCGAGCUGACUCGGUACAAGAAGUACGGUCAGCAGAUCAGGCCGCUGGUGAGGGACACCGUGUCGUACCUGUACAAGGAGAUCGAGAACGGCAAGCGGGUUUUAGUCGAGGGAGCCAACGCCGCUAUGCUUGACAUCGACUUUGGUACAUACCCGUACGUGACGUCAUCAAACUGCAGCAUCGGCGGCGUGUGUACCGGUCUAGGGUUGCCCCCGAGUGUGAUCGGCGAUGUGCUGGGCGUUGUGAAGGCGUACACCACCAGGGUUGGCGACGGACCCUUCCCCACCGAGCUAAAAGAUGACACGGGCCGACUGCUGCAAGAGCGCGGACACGAGGUGGGAGUGACGACGAAGCGCGUGCGCCGCUGCGGCUGGCUCGACCUCGUCGUGGUGCGCUACACCGCCAUGGUCAACGGAUACUCGCAUCUGUGCCUAACCAAAUUGGACAUCUUGGACACAUUGAAAGAGAUCAAAAUCGGUAUCGCAUACAAAUUGCAUGGGAAGAGAAUUGAUUACUUCCCAUCUUCGAUGAAGGAGCUCAGUGAAGUGGAGGUGGAGUACGUGUCGAUGCCGGGCUGGCGCAGCAGCGCGGCGGCGGCGCGCAGCAUGGACCAGCUGCCCGAGGCCGCGCGACACUACAUCAAGACGAUAGAGGACUUCCUCUACAUACCUAUUAAAUACAUCGGUGUAGGUCCAGGGCGAGAGUGUAUCAUCUUUGCAGAUUAACACAAGCGAUUACUUAAUUUUUUAUGCUAGCGACAUUGAACUAAUUAUAUUACCACACAUUGUAUAAAAAAAUCGGUCCACAAUUGACGGAGAAAUCGGUGAACAUAAAUAUACAUAGAACAUAAAUUCUCCGCCUUUUUCUGAAGUCGGUUGAAGAGAUCAUUUGUGUAAACCCACUCUCACCCACUAACCCGAGUCGCUUAAAUAGUUACCUAUCAAUCUCACAUUGAAAAAUCGGCUAUCAUAUGCUUUGUGUGGUAAUAUAUUGUAAAACAUACUUUGUAUUGAAGGCAUGUACUGAAUUGGGAAACCACUGUCGUUUUAUUGCUAUGAGGAAAAAUAUAUAAUGUAUAUUCAUACAUAUAUUUUCCUUCUUAUACUCUGAAAACGAAUUACUUGAUUUUGAGCUUGUUUGGUAAGAUACGUCUUUUAGUAAAAAUUAUAUAAAACAAAAUAAUUUUACAUGUACACAUUUUUAUCUGUAUUCUGAUAGCAUUGUGAUGUUACUCAGUACCUGCCUUUAAAAAUUAUUGGUGUCUACAAUAUUUCCAAAUAAAAUCGGAACACCAAGCAUUAGUGUAUAAACCAAAUAUUUUUGAAGAUAAUAUUCAACAGUAUUUAAUAAUAUGCAUGAGAAUGAUUGUCAACUGAAAUAUUAGAACUAAAGCCCCGUUCGCACGAAGGUUUUUAUUACGUCGCGUCUGGGUGAAUUCGAGCGCUUUGACCUCCGUCAUUUUCCUCACCUUUCAAAGUUUAACAAAGAUAUAUCAAUUCUGCUACCCGAAUUUAUAAAUAAAUAAUCUGUGUAGUAGGUGUGUUUGAUUUUUGAACGAUUCAUUAUUUGAAGUAAGACAAUGACGGUGGCGAAAUGCUCGUAGAUUCAUCCUAACGCGACUUAAUAAUUAUGGUAGUGCGAACAGAGCCCAAAUACUAGUAUAGUAUCAUUUUAAAAUGUAUUCGUGUUAAAGGCACAGAUCUUGUCAAAAUACGUGUUACGUGUCUAUAACAAUAUUAGUAGUUAAAAUGUUGAUAAAGUUGGACGUUUAUUCUUUAUGGAAUGUUACAAUUUUCUUUACAAUAUGGGAAAGUACUAACCGAUGAUAAAAUUCUCAUUAUUUAAAAAAUCUGCGUCAAACUUAAUUUAUGCUGUUGACAGACAACGUUAAAAAAAUCAUAGCCAAGCAACUUUGCCAGUAAUUUGGCCUCUUGCAAUAUAGUCGACAGUGCAUCAAGCUAUCCAAAAACAUUGCAAAAUCGCCGUAAUUGCCUUGCAGAGUUAUAUGGGGGGUAAGUUGACGUACAGUCAACAGCACAUCAAGUUACACCCAGAAUAAACUUCUAUGCAAACUCACCGCUAGUUUGCAAUGAACAUAGGUAGGUUGAUGUGUUGUUGACUGUACAUUUAGGUUUUGGUUUGUUAAUUUUGACAAGUUUCUAUUAUAACGGUUGAGUUAAGGAUUGUAGGCAAAUUGUGAGCGUAAAACAAUUGUAUAAAGUAGUAAAGUUUAUAAUGUUGAAUGUGGUUUAAAAAAUUCUGUUUGGUUCUACUAGAUUUUUUUGUACCCGUGAUCAAAUCUUUGGUUACCGUAUGUGAAAACUGCUGAAGCCAAAAUACGUAGCACUGAAUUAAAACAAAUAAACAUAAUAUGUGCAAGAAAUGGCAGUAGUAUAUAUGUUUUUGUAAAUGUCUAUCGUCAUCAAAAGCUCACAACUUUCACUUUCCCGUGGGUAUUUCGGGAUGUUUCUUAAUCCCCAAGGAACUUAGGUACCGAAUAUCAACUUCCCACGCCAAGUUUCUACUUCUGUCAGUCAGCUACGAAAGAAUUUCAUAUAUAUCAUAUAACUAAUAAUGGAGAUUAUUAAGGUCAAUUAUCUACUACGUUUUUUAUGUAUAGCAGUUUUCAUCGAUUUCACAGAAUGUCUUUGAAAAAGCCGUGUUCAUUCGUUAGUGGAAACAAUUGCCGCCAGCAAUAAUGUUACUAAUUUCAGUGUUGAUAGCAUUAUUAUAUAGUUUUAUUAUAAAAUAAUCCAAGUAUUAUGUUGGUUUCGAUUUAGCAGGAUUAUAAUAUAGCAAUAUUAUAAAAGCUAAAAUUGAGAAAUGAAUUAUGCAUUUUUGGAGAAAGUUAUAGUGGGGUAAUUUUUACUGUUUUUUUUUGUUAUUGCGUGUUUUUAAUCUGGUGCUCCCAGUGUCAAUUUCGAUUUAUUUUUAACACCGACAUUGGUAUUUUUAUAUUCUCGAAGGCUAUAAAAUAAUUAUAAUUAUGUUGUCAUCAUUUAACAUUGCACAAAAUAGUGAUUACACUAUAAAGAAUAAAGACAUUUUAGUAAUACAAUUUGUUUGAAUCGUUUUAGCACUAACUUUACACUUUUUCUUAAUUUUCUAAAUGCUGUCAUGCGACAAAAUGGGUUUACAUUUUUUUUGUAACUUUACUAAUUUUUAAUAGGUUUAGGCGAAAGUCUCAUUCCAAAGAUCUUUUGAAAAUCUUUUAGUACUUACAAUUUUAGUGAUCAUUUUCGCUUGACUUUCUGUGAGGUGUGUUUAUGUGAUAUCUAUGUUAUAUUAAUGUAAAUAUUUCAUUACAGUUAUAUGCCAAUAAAAUGGUUUAUUCUUUUA